AUGUGGCCUCGCCGCCAUGACGCAUCGCGUUACGACAUCACUAUGCGACGAGGUAGCUAACAGGCUAACGCUAACGUUGCCGUUAAAGCAGGCUGGUGUGCGGAGCUAACGUAGCGCGCUAACGCGUAUCGCUCCUGAAACACGGCGACAACUGCAGGUUCUCUCCCAGCACACUGUACUGAGGUUUGAACCUCCAUCACAAUGACAGACACAAAGCGUCUCGCCUUCUCCAUCAUCCAGUUCCUCCAUGAUCAGCUCCGCUCUGGGAAUCUGUCCUCAGACGCCCAGGAGAGUCUGGAAGUGGCGGUGCAGUGUUUGGAGACGGCCUUCGAAGUUUCAACAGACGACCAGAGCCUCGCCGUCUCCCAGACGUUACCGGAGAUCUUCGCCUCCGCCACAGGCAAGCACGCCGCUCCUCCUCAGGUGAAGAUCGACACGACCGCCGACGCCCCCACCGAUGAACAGAUCGCCGAGGCGGAGCGACUCAAAACCGACGGUAACGACCAGAUGAAGGUGGAGAACUUCGCCGCCGCUGUCGAGUUUUACUCCAAGGCGAUCGCCAUAAACCCGCAGAACGCCGUCUAUUACUGCAACAGGGCUGCAGCCUACAGCAAACUGGGCAACUACGCUGGAGCUGUGCAGGACUGUGAACUGGCCAUCGGCAUCGACCCCAACUACAGCAAGGCUUACGGCCGGAUGGGCCUGGCUCUGGCCAGCCUCAACAAACACACAGAGGCCGUGAGCUACUACAAGAAAGCCCUGGAGCUCGACCCCGACAACGACACGUACAAGUCCAACCUGAAGAUCGCAGAGCAGAAGAUGGAGACACCGAGCCCAACGGCGGGGAUGGGAGGAGUGGAUCUGGCCGGCCUGCUGAGCAACCCUGGCUUCAUGAACAUGGCGUCCACUCUGAUGAACAACCCACAGGUCCAGCAGCUGAUGUCGGGGAUGAUGUCAGGAGCGUACGGUCCCAUGGGAGGGGGCGGAGCCUCUGCAGCCGCCGCGCCCCCCGGAGCUGCAGCCCCGCCCGGAGAUUUAUCAGGCCUGAUCCAGGCAGGUCAGCAGUUUGCUCAGCAGAUGCAGCAGCAGAACCCAGAGCUCAUCGAGCAGCUGAGGGGUCAGAUCCGCAGCCGGACGCCCAGCGCCAGCAACGAGGAGCAGCCGUGACCGGCGCCACCGCCAAGUGCGACACCGACGUGCGUGUGUGUGUGUGUGUGUGUGUGUGUGUGGGCGAGCGCAUGCGUGUGUGUGUGUGUGUGUGUGUGGAGAGGAGGAGACCGGCUGUCCCUUUUUCUGACUUGUAUCGUCGCAACUGAGAAGGACAGAGGAAGGUUUUGCUGACGGAGGGACUCGUGCGUGAGCGGCCUCCGACCAGGAAGCAGAGGAGCCGGAGCGGCGUCCACUUCCUGCCGCUGCGUUUAGUUUUAGAGAGAAACUGAGCACCUCUGUCCCGACGCAGGUCGACCUCAUCACUCAUGAAUAAAUAAAGUUUAACUAACAGGAAACAUGGAGCUCCAACUGUGUGGCUGCAGCAGGAAACGUCCCCUUUAACUUCAGUUCACUCACUAAACCCCAAAUUACACUCGAGUUCACUUCUCUUUUUUAUCCCUGCUUGUGAUGGACCUGUGUGUGUGUGUGUGUGUGUGUGUGUGUGAGCGAGAGAGUGUGUGUGUGUGUGUGUGUGUGAGAGAGAGAGAGUGUGCACUGCAGUGUGUCAGUUUGACUUGUCAGUGAAACAGCAUCAAAGUGUACAGACAGCAGGGAGACAGCACUGCUCACUGAAUGGGAAUUAAAGGAGCAUUUCAAAAUUUUA